UCCAUUGAAACAUUCAUUCAAACUUGUCUGCCGGUGAAGGUUCUUCUCGCACAUUGAUAUUUAUUGAAAUACUUGAACGCCCAAAAAACAUUUCUGCUCAUUUCUGAGGUCUCUGCAUUCUGUCUUUUUUGCCUUCAUUGCUCACUGCAAAGAACUGGUACUAAAAUUAUCUCUCAUCACGUCUAAGAAGUCUCACCAUGUCUCAACAGCAGAUCAGCCUUCCUGCCAAGCUCAUCAAUGGGGGCAUUGCAGGCAUCGUUGGGGUCACCUGUGUGUUCCCCAUCGAUCUGGCCAAGACCAGACUCCAGAACCAAAGACAAGGCCAGCAAGUCUACAAAAACAUGAUUGACUGUCUUGUCAAAACGGUACGAUCCGAGGGGUGCUUUGGCAUGUAUAGAGGUGCUGCGGUUAAUCUCACAUUGGUCACUCCUGAGAAGGCCAUCAAACUGGCUGCCAAUGACUUUUUCAGAUACCACCUUUCCAAAGACGGGAGAGGGUUGACUGUGUUUAAAGAGAUGUUGGCUGGUUGCAGCGCUGGUAUGUGCCAGGUUAUCAUCACCACUCCAAUGGAGAUGCUGAAAAUUCAGCUGCAGGAUGCUGGGAGACUGGUUGCACAGCAGAGAAAACCGGGCAUCAUCCCUUGCACGAGACUGGUAACCACAAACGCGGUGUUGAGUCGCUCCUAUAACGUGGUGCCCAGCUCCAUACCCCGAGCUGUUUCUGCCACACAGAUCGCAAGACAGUUACUGCGUACUGAAGGAAUUCAGGGCCUAUACAAAGGCCUUGGAGCAACUCUGUUGAGAGAUGUACCGUUCUCGAUUGUGUACUUCCCGCUUUUUGCUCACUUGAACAAAUUGGGUAAACCCUCCCCUGACGAAACGGCGCCAUUUUAUUGGUCGUUCAUUUCUGGCUGUGCCGCGGGUUCCACAGCUGCCGUGGCCGUUAACCCAUGUGAUGUGGUUAAAACCAGACUGCAGUCUUUGAACAAAGGCGCUAAUGAGGAUACAUACACCGGCAUAGUUGACUGUUUCAGGAAAAUCUUGAAGCGAGAGGGACCGUCUGCUUUUCUGAAGGGGGCGGGCUGCAGGGCUAUAGUCAUGGCGCCGCUAUUCGGCAUCGUGCAGGUCAUGUACUUCAUUGGCGUGGGAGAGUUUAUCAUGAGCCAGUCCCCCCUGAAGCUAAUCUCCGACUGAACACAUUUCUAGAGUCAUUGUGGCAGCUACACAACUGUACAUUUACAAAGAAAGAUAAACUUCAAUCAAGAUUGUGAAGUUGUUAUGAAAGAGCAGCUUCACUCUGGUUAAGGUCCUAUAGGUUUUUCCAGCCUUACUGCACUUCCUCUACUGGCUCGGUUUACUGUUUUGUAUGCUUUGGCCAGAAUUUGCACAUGUCAGUAAGGUCACUUUUGAAAAAGAGCGCUUACGUUUUCUAGAAGCAUGUGAAAGUUUCCUGUAACUGAGGGAGGCUGGUGUCGCUGCGAUGACACUACAAUCAACUCUGAUCUGCUUUGUUGAACAUUGGCUUUGUUUUUGUUUAUCUCCAUGUUUCCUAUCUGUUAUUUCACUGCCAUGAUGUUAGUAUGACUUUCAGUAUCUGCUUUUGGGUGCUUGGAAUGCUUUAAGCAUUCAUACUUGUUUAUAUGUAUAGGAGUAGUUUUGGCGGAUGGCAUUAAGGGUUAUGGACUUUCAUCAAAAUGCACUCUGUUCAUUUCAGUUCUUGAGUUUAAAACCAUAAGCCUCGAUGACUUCCUAAAAGACUAAAUUGAAUGCGUAUCAUAUUUAUGCAACAUGUAUAUAUUUACAAUUGUUACUUUGCAUUUUUUGUAUUGUUUAAUGGACCAGCACAUACGUUACAAGCACGGGUCAUUCUUAGCUGUUUGCCUUAAACGAGGGACUCAAACACCGAAUGUUUUAGUGCUUAACUAUACAGUAUUGACCUUACCUACCCAUAAUGUGACACUUCCAACACAGCGUAUUAUUUUCAUGAAAUACUGUGACGCAUUGCGUUAAUAAAACACAUGUAAACUCUU